AUAAAUUUCCUCAAUUUCUUCUUCACAACCACAAGUCAUCAAAUAUUAUUUCUUAAAUUAAAAAAUAAAAAUAGUAUCCAUAUCCUUCCUAUGCAUGGCAAUUAGCUUCCCCUUGUGCUCUCACUUCAAAAUGUCUACACAUGAAGAACAAGAUUAUUCAACUCUUGAGCUCAUCCGCCAACACCUCUUAGAAGACUUCACCUUCACAGAUUCCUUCAUUUCUCAUCUCAAUUUCGAGAUCACCCCUGAUGAUAUCUCAUAUUUCGAGUUCCAACCAAUCAAACCCGAGUACUCAUCCCUCUCAGAAUCAGGGUCCAGCUCCCCCAUGUCAACCCCAAAUUACCACAGCCCCCAACUCUCAAAUUCCGAAACGAAACCCGAAAGCGUAAACUUACCAUCCAUGGAAGUGGAGUCCCUGAAUUUGAGCUCACAAUGCUCACCAAAGAGAAAAAAUAGUACUUGUCAAACUUCCAGUUCAAAAGAUGAAUUACAACAAGUUUCUGGCUCUGGUGAUGUGUUAAGGCAUUACAGGGGAGUCCGGCGGAGGCCCUGGGGCAAGUACGCGGCGGAGAUACGUGAUCCGGCCCGGAAAGGAACCCGGGUUUGGCUAGGGACAUUUGAAACUGAUGUUGACGCUGCCAAGGCCUAUGAUUGUGCUGCAUUUAAGCUGAGGGGUAGGAAAGCAAUACUGAAUUUUCCGUUGGAGGCCGGACUGUCCGAACCGCCACUGAACAUGGCGCGGAAGAGGAGGAGAUCGGUAAAGCAGGAGGAGGUGACAAAGACUGAAGAAUUGGAGCUUCAAAGUUGGGUGCUUUGGGAAGGACAAGGUGCAUGAAGGAGCUCAGUGUUAAUCUCAGGAUCCUCCUCUGCUGAUGUGUUAGAAUAUGAUUGGAUGGUGGAUUUACUGAUUUACCAUAUACAUGGUUUAUGUAUUACUACAACAACAACCAAGCCUUAAUUAUCCAUUAAGUUGUAUUGGUUGUAUAAAUAUUAGAACGUCACUGCGCUUAAUUUUGCGCCAAAUCUUCCGUUAGAUUUAUGUAUUAGUAUAGAAUGAAAUAGUGGAAGGAUCAAAUGUAUGUAAAAAUUUGGAAUAAUAAAAGAUUGUUCGUAAGAUGAAAAA